AUGCGCUCCUGCGAGCGGACCUGUCUCUUUAAGUGCGCAUAAAAGCCGAUUACAGCUGAUCUGUGUGAUUCUGUUUUCACCGUCUGUUCCCGCAGCGUUUGUGUGUUGCAUCAUGCCUGCUUGUUUAUUUAUUUAUUUUUUAAUAUAAUUUUUUUCUUUAGUAUUUGUUGACUUUUCUUCAUGCUUUGAGGAAAAAACCAGCCGGAACUCUUCGGUAAAGUUUCAGCAUCCACACACGACUCUGGAGAGUUUGCGUGUUUAUGUCUCAGCAAACCUCGAGCUGGAGGGAGACGCUCGCAGCGCAGCGGACGCGCCAACUUUUUAGACCAUGGUAAGCCUGGAUUACCUUUCCAACAGACGGAGACAUUAACCGCUUUCUCUCUGGCUUCAGUCCGCUAUAAAUAGCAGCAUCAGUUGCCACAUCUCUGGAGAUGCGCUGCGAUGCGAUGAUCUCCGUUUGAAGUUUAAAUAAACUCUGGGCAUAAAAUGCAGAAGAGCGUGCGGUACAACGAGGGCCACGCGCUCUAUCUGUCAGUGGCGGCGCGUAAAGACGGCUCCAAGCGCGGAUACCUGAGCAAAAAGAGCACGGAGAACAGCCGCUGGACUGAGAAGUACUUCGCCCUGUAUCAGAACCUGCUCUUCUACUUUGAGAACGAGCAGAGCGCGAGGCCCUCUGGGAUUUACCUGAUGGAGGGGUGUACGUGCGAGCGGACACCUGCGCCAAAGGUGUCCGCCGUCGGUAAGGAGCCCAUGGAGAAGCAGCAGCACUACUUCCUGGUCCUCUUUGGGCACGAUGGACAGAAACCUCUGGAGCUUCGCUCAGAAGAAGAGUUGGACUGCAACGAUUGGGUCGAGUGCAUCCAGCAGGCCAGUUACUCUGACAUCAUCAUCGAGCGUGAGAUCCUUAUGCAAAAGUACAUCCACCUAGUCCAGAUCUUGGAGACAGAAAAGAUCGCAGCCAACCAGCUUCGCACUCAGCUGGAGGACCAGGACACUGAGAUCGAGAGGCUCAAAUCCGAGAUAAUAAUGUUGAACAAAACUAAGGAGAAGAUGCUGCCUUACCAGAACAACCAUGAAGAGGAGGACCCGGAUAUUAAAAAGAUAAAAAAGGUUCAGAGCUUCCUGCGUGGCUGGCUGUGCCGGAGGAAGUGGAAAAUCAUUGUCCAGGACUACAUCUGCUCUCCUCACGCUGAGAGCAUGAGGAAGAGGAACCAGAUUGUGUUCAACAUGGUGGAGGCGGAGACCGAGUACGUCCACCAGCUCUCCAUCCUGGUGAACUGCUUCCUCCGGCCGCUCCGCAUGGCUGCUAGUUCCAAGAAACCUCCCAUCAGUCACGAUGAUGUCAGCAGCAUCUUCCUCAACAGUGAGACCAUCAUGUUCCUUCAUGAGAUCUUCCACCAGGGGCUGAAGGCUCGGAUUGCCAACUGGCCAACGUUGGUUCUGGCCGACCUGUUUGACAUCCUGCUGCCCAUGCUGAACAUCUACCAGGAGUUUGUGAGGAACCACCAGUACAGCCUGCAGGUUCUGGCCAACUGCAAGCAGAACAGAGACUUUGACAAGCUACUGAAACAGUAUGAAUCCAACGCUGCCUGCGAGGCUCGCAUGCUGGAGACAUUUUUGACGUAUCCCAUGUUCCAGAUCCCUAGGUACAUCAUCACUCUCCACGAGCUGCUGGCUCACACACCUCAUGAGCACGUGGAGCGAAAGAGUCUGGAGUUUGCCAAAUCCAAGCUGGAGGAGUUGUCCAAGAUGAUGCACGAUGAGGUGAGCGACACGGAGAACAUCCGGAAGAACCUGGCCAUUGAGAGGAUGAUUGUUGAAGGCUGUGACAUCCUGCUGGACACAAGCCAGACCUUCGUCAGACAAGGCUCUCUCAUCCAGCUGCCUUCCAGCAGCGAGCGGGGAAUGCUCAGUAAGGUGCGUCUGGGCUCUCUCUCUCUGAGAAAAGAAGGAGAAAGGCAGUGUUUCCUGUUCACCAAACACUUCCUCAUCUGUACAAGAACAUCUGGAGGGAAGCUGCACCUGUUGAAGCUUGGAGGGUCAUUGUCCCUGAUUGAGUGCACGCUCAUAGAAGAAAUAGACGCCAGCGAUGAAGACUAUAAUGCUGCAGGUCAAGGCCUCAGCCACCUGGAGUUUAAGAUUAUAUUGGAGCCUCCCGAUGGUCAGAGCUUCUCCGUCGUUCUCCUGGCUCCUUCUCGUCAGGAGAAGGCAGCCUGGACCAGCGACAUCAGCCAGUGCAUUGAUAAUAUCCGCUGUAACGGCCUAAUGACCAGCGUGUUUGAGGAGAAUUCUAAAGUGUCCGUCCCACACAUGAUCAAGUCUGAUGCCCGGCUGCAUAAAGAUGAUGUAGACAUUUGCUUCAGCAAGACGCUGAACUCCUGCAAGGUGCCUCAGAUCCGAUACGCCAGCGUAGAGCGUCUGCUAGAGCGACUGACAGACCUGCGCUUCCUCUCCAUAGACUUCCUCAACACUUUCCUCCACACCUACAGGAUCUUCACUACCGCAGCCGUGGUCAUCGACAAGCUGGUUGACAUCUAUAAGAAGCCGUUCACUUCCAUCCCUGUGAGGAUUGAGCAGCACUCAUGUGACCGUCUGUCCAUCAUGUCCUUGUGUCCUGACUACAGUCUGAAGAUCACACAGCUUGCUCUGGACCAGUCCAAGUCUCUGGAACUCUUCUUUGCCACCAGUCAGGGUGCCUGGGGAACUGACCCUCUGAACAACAAAUCUCCAAGGCUUUGUCGCAAGUUUUCCUCCCCUCCUCCAAUCUCCAUCCCCCCUCGCACCUCUUCUCCCGUGCACUGCCGCAAGCUCUCCCUUAGCUCCCCCAUCAGCGUGAAAGUGGGAGUUCUAGAUCUGUCGACAACUCCCUCCUCGUCAGCAGCCAACUCACCCACCUCCAGCCACAGUCCUUCAAUCUCCUCCCCUCCUCCAUGCUCAUCCAGGUUGCCGUCUGGCUUCUCCUCCCCUCCACCCACUGCCACAUCCUCUCCCGGUCUUCCACAGACCUUCGGGGCAUCCUCGCUACCUCCAGUCUGCACCAAGGCCCCGCUAGACCUCAGCCGUGGCCCCAGUUCUCCAGAGCUGAGUCCAGCAGCAGGAGAGGACAUCAGUGGAGACCUGCCUCGCAUUGACGCAUUCUGUGGGAAGCUGAGGCGUAGCUUUCGGAGGGCUGUUCUGGAGUCAGUAUCUCUGGACAAGUUUAUACCUGAAUCACCUUCCAGCAGCGAGCCAGGUGACUUGUCUCCCUGCCGCUCUCCGUCCACACCAAGGCACCUACGAUAUCGACAGUCGGGAGUUACGUCAGCAGAGAACUCGCGCUGCAACAUGUCACCUGCGUCAGCGUUCGCCAUCGCCACGGCUGCUGCCGGGCACAGCAGCUCACAGGGCUUUAAUAACUCUGAGAAAUCUUGUGACAAAGAAUUCAUCAUUCGCAGAGCGGCGACCAACAGAGUCCUCAAUGUGCUGCGACACUGGGUGUCUAAACACUCCCAGGACUUUGAGAUGAAUAGUGAACUGAAGAUGGGGGUAAUAAACCUCCUAGAGGAGGUGCUGCGAGACCCUGAUCUGCUGCCCCAAGAGAGAAAAGCAGCAACCAACAUUCUCAGUGCUCUCUCUCAGGAGGAACAAGAUGAUGCUCAGCUGAGGAUCGAGGACAUCCUACAGAUGAAAAGCUGCCCCCUUCUACACUUCAUUGUGGCGGAGAGUCCUAAAGCAGAGUGUUUUGAGGCUCUCUCAGCCAUGGAGAUGGCAGAACAGAUCACACUGCUGGAUUACAUUGUAUUCAGGAGUAUUCCCUACGAGGAGUUCCUGGGUCAGGGCUGGAUGAAGAUGGACAAAAGUGAGAGAACACCGUACAUCAUGAAGACCAGUCAGCAUUUCAAUGAUAUGAGUAACUUGGUGGCAUCUCAGAUUAUGUCCCACAUGGAUGUGGGCUCCAGGGCCGGCUCCAUAGAGAAAUGGCUAGCAGUGGCCGACAUCUGUCGCUGCCUCAAUAACUACAACGGAGUUCUGGAGAUCACCUCCGCCCUCAACCGCAGCGCCAUCUUCAGGCUAAAAAAGACCUGGACUAAAGUCUGCAAACAGACUAAGGCACUGAUGGACAGACUACAGAAGAUUGUGUCAUCAGAGGGAAGGUUCAAGAAUCUCCGGGAGACGCUUAAAAACUGCAACCCUCCAUGUGUCCCAUAUCUGGGCAUGUACCUCACUGACCUGGCCUUCAUCGAGGAGGGGACACCUAACUUCACAGAGGAAGGUCUAGUUAACUUCUCCAAGAUGAGAAUGAUAUCUCACAUCAUCCGGGAGAUCCGUCAGUUCCAGCAAGCUCCUUACCGGAUAGAGCACCAACCCAAGGUGACUCAGUUCCUGAUGGAUAAAACGUUAGUGAUGGAUGAAGAUACCCUCUAUGAGCUCUCGCUAAAGAUCGAGCCACGAGUUCCACCUGGCUAAUUUCAUACGAAACGUAUACACAUCUGAAAUCAGCUCAUGCAGUUCCCGUGAAGCAGGAAUUGUUCCAAAAUUAACAGAUGGUUGAUGUGCGUAGCAACCUCAGGACAUGAUGUGCCUUGUUUUCUGAAGAUCUGCAACAUAACUCUAUGCCACAUGAACGCAGAGAUAUCAGCAUGGCGCUACAACGUUGCUGCUAUCACACUGCAAGGAACUGCCUCUAGUACUGCACAUAAAUGUUGACUGAAUUACUUUUUUACAUAUUUAUUUACAUCUGGUUUUGGAGCCCCAGCUGAUUCAUUUCACUUGUUCUCUGUGCAUCGUUUGUAUGCUAAGCACCACAAGGACCCAGGUUGGCUCUGUGGUGACCCAGAAGUUGGCCUAAAGUUGUUUCACAUGGUACGGAGAAAAUCUGAAGCUACAAUUUGGAAUAAUUCAAAGAACGUUGUAUUAAAGUUACAGUUACCAUAGCAGCAGGAAGUAAAAUGUUGGAGUUUAUGACUUGAAGCUUGAAGUUAGAGAUGUGUCAUGAUUUAGCUUCACUGCUAGAGGAGGAAGACUACAGUUUAACAAAAUAUGAGCAAAGACUGAGUUAAAUUUUGAUAAUCAGACCCAAGCGCCAAAAGUCAGUUGAAAGCCAAGUACUAUAUUUUUCGUGCUUUAAUGUUCCGUCUCUUAGAUGAAUGGAUUGGAUUGUGAAGAGCUAAGGGUGCUCAAAGGUCCUGAAAAUCUGCUAACAUGAUCAAAAGUGAUGAAAACUUAUUUUGACGGAAUUUUACAAAGGACUAAAUUCAACAGAGACAUGUAGAUAUGAAAGGUAGUGCACGUUUUUUCAUCAUCGUUUAUUUCUAUAGCACCUUUGUAGUAGCCCACGGUGCUGUACACUAUCACAAUUAAAAAAAUCAAGCAAAGACAAGGCGUUCUAUAGGCUUGGGGCCACCACAGAGAAUACACGAUCACCCCUAGAUUUGUAUCUAGAGUGCGGCACUUCCAAGAGUUCCCUCUCUAGGGAACGCAAGGCCCUUGAGGGAGUGUAUCUAUAGAGCAGUGAGAAGAGAUAGUUGGGGGCAGUGCCCUGUAGUGCCUUACACAGCAGGGUUUUAAACCUAACCCCAUACUCAACUGGGAGCCAGUGAAGUUGGGCCAAUACAGGACUGAUGUGCUCCCUUCUCCUGGUACCAGACAAGAAUCUCGCCACUGAGUUCUGGACAAGUGCAACUCAGCUCACACCAGCAUACACUGCAUUACAAGGCAUGACAAUGCUAAAUAGUUUUGAAAUGGACCCUCGACAGCAUUGGCUUAAACCUAGCGGUCCGUCAGAGGUGAAAAAAGCAGCAUUUGAGUGUCAAACUCGAGAGCAGCCUCAAGUUAAACCCCUAGGUUUGUGACUACCGUCAUCACACAACGGGCUAGUGAAGAGAGGUCAACCUCGGGGGCUGUACAAGCAGUCCUACCAGGGGUCAGCAAAAUUAUCUCAGUAUUAUUUUGAAUGAAUUUUACAAAGGGCUAAAUUCAACAGAGAAUUUAUUUACAUGUAGAUAUGAAAGCUCGUGCUCAUGCUUUUUCAGCCUAAGAUCUGAGGAAAAAGAAUCGUAGGUGCGUGGCCAAAAUCCAACAGUGGAUCCACCAUUUCAGUUCCUUUUACACGUAUCAUAUUUGUUUUCAAACUUCUAGAAAUAUUGGCAAAGAACUUGGUCAAGAUUGGCAUCAUACAACAAGAGUCCAUGCUUGGGUGGUGGUGCAACAGGGACUAGAGCGCCACUAAGGGUCAAGGGUCAUAUACUGCUGCUUGCAGGUUUAGUUUUUGUGGAAAAAAAUCUCUUCAGACCAUAAAACUGUGUAGACCUUC